CGAACAAGGAGUACGAACCACCUGCGCCCCACGCUCCCAACGACAUCAGCACGACCGUAACGUCGCCGCGACUUCGAUACGCUCAGUCUUGCGCAGUCCAUCACGAUGGCGGUCUCUUCGAUCCAGGACCGCACGAAUGAGUUUCGAUCGGUUCUCGUCCAAGUACAAAAACGACAAGCAUCCUCAAAGGUUGGCGCACAAAGGCAAUCGCUGCUCAGCGACUCCCAGAAAGCGGCCGCAAAUGGAGAUGCGAAGCCAAAAAGAUCAGACUUCGCCAGAAGGGCAGCAGAUAUUGGAAGAGGGAUCUCAGCUACAAUGGGAAAACUAGAAAAGCUGGCACAAUUGGCGAAGAGGAAAACUUUAUUCGAUGACCGGCCUGUUGAGAUCAACGAAUUGACAUCCAUCAUCAAACAAGAUCUUUCCGCGUUGAAUGGACAGAUUGGCCAGCUACAAGCGCUUUCCCGAGCGCAGCACCCAAAAGCCGACCAAGAAGGAGAGCACAACAAGAAUGUGGUUUUCCUUCUGCAAGGAAAACUUACCGAUGUAUCGGCGAAUUUCAAAGAUGUCCUAGAAGUCAGAACGAAGAACAUUCAAGCAUCCAGAGCGAGAACAGAGAACUUCGUAUCGUCCGUGUCCGCACACGUUGCCCCCCAAAUAUCACAAUCCGCAUCACCAUUGUACAGCACACCAAACCGGGGCUCACCUGGACCUGGUCAAGAUUCCUUAUCGUUAAAUCCCGUCGGAGAUCAGCAACUCUUAAUGAUGGAGGAGGCACAGCCCCAAAAUACAUACAUUCAACAGAGAGGCGAAGCAAUUGAAGCCAUAGAAAGAACGAUCAGUGAAUUGGGCGGCAUUUUUGGGCAAUUGGCGUCCAUGGUUUCAGAGCAGAGCGAGAUGAUCCAAAGAAUAGACGCCAAUACCGAAGACGUGGUGGACAACGUACAAGGCGCCCAGAGGGAACUGCUGAAGUACUGGUCGAGAGUGUCUGGCAACCGCUGGCUCGUUGCUAAGAUGUUUGGUGUUCUCAUGAUUUUCUUUUUACUCUGGGUUCUGGUUGCAGGAUAGAGCUGAUUCUACAGCCGCGAUGUACUGGCGGCUUCUGUGUUCUUGUAUAACUAUUGUAGAAAGUGCGCGCUGCAUAUACCAUUUAAUACAGUGGCUCUUGAGUCUCGAGCAAGUCUGAAGGUUCCACGCUUCCAGCAUCACUUUCGUCCCUACUUUGUAGUUGAUUCGGAGUAUUGC